AUGGAUGGUUCUUCACAUAAUCGAAGGCGUGCUGGUACAAAUGCGGUAUAUACUCAAUCACCUGGACACAAAUAUAAUAAUGCCGAGAGGACUGAUUAUGUUGGAAUUACUAUAAGCGAUGAUUAUUCUCAAAAGCAAAUGACUUCACUUCCGUUAAUAUCAACGUCAUCUCCUUCACACCAUUCACACCAGCAGCAACAAUUAAAUCCACAGCAUCAACCGCUUUCUGCACCAAAUCCGUCUCAACAUAAGGAGGUCCCUGAGGGUCGUGGUAGAAGGCGUUCUGAAAAUUAUAUUCAAACUUCCUCUUCUGGACAUUAUUCUGUAACCCAAAACCAAAAUAUUCAGCACCACUAUCGAUCUUUAUUAGGACCGCAAAAUUUACCACUCCCACCUCUACCACAACAGCAUGUUCCAUCGCCUCAUUUGUUACAUCAUUCACAUAAACAGCACUCACAUCCUUCUCUAAUUGCUAACAAUUGGCGUCCUUCUCAAAGUCAAUCAGGUCAACAGUCACCAUCAAUACAAAACCCACCAGUACAGAUCACAUACCAGAAUACUACAUAUUCUAAUUCUAAACCUUCAUCUCCUAACAAUUUUCCUAAUUUAUCAACCCCUACCGUUUCCUCUCCAAUUAAAUCAUCACAAACUUCUGCACACACGACGCGUAAUGAAAACGGUACAACAUCUGACCUUCGAAAAUCAGCUUUUCAACGUGUCCGGUCUAAAUCAGACUUACGGCCUCAGCCAGCGAACCGCAGAGCAGAUUCUACGAAAGGAGUUGUCAGUGUAUACGAUCAUGGGAUAACCUAUACAAUUGUGCUCGUAACUAUUCAAAAACGAACACAGCCACUUAAAUCGAUGACCGUAUACCUUACAUCAACCUAUCACAAUAUAAAUCCUAAUUUCCGAUACGAAUUAUCGUAUAAUCCGCGUCGCGUUUUGACAAAGCCUUCAAAGGGUGUAAAAAACGAUGGAUUUGAUAACGAAGACAGUGAUUAUAUUUUAUAUGUAAACGAUAUAUUAGGAAGUGAGGAGGGACAGAAAUAUCUUAUUUUGGAUAUUCUUGGCCAAGGGACGUUCGGUCAGGUUGUGAAGUGUCAGAAUUUGAAGACAAAAGACAUUGUUGCAGUCAAAGUCGUGAAAAAUAAACCAGCUUACUUUAAUCAAAGUAUGAUGGAAGUUACUAUAUUAGAACUGUUAAAUCAAACGUGGGAUAGUCAAGACCAACAUCAUAUUUUAAGGCUUUUAGAUACAUUUAUUCAUCGUCGUCAUCUUUGCUUGGUGUUCGAACUUUUAUCCGUUAAUUUGUAUGAAUUAAUAAAGCAGAAUCAAUUUCGUGGACUUAGCACUAAUCUCGUUAGAGUAUUUACCUCACAAUUACUAGAUGCACUUACUGUACUGAAUGAAGCUCGCAUAAUUCAUUGCGAUUUAAAGCCUGAAAACGUAUUGUUGAAAAAGUGUGUGAAAGCUUCCCUAGAGUCACCUACAAUCAAAGUUAUCGAUUUUGGUUCUGCGUGUCAUGAACGUCAAACGGUAUAUACGUACAUUCAAUCACGAUUUUAUAGAAGUCCAGAAGUCUUAUUAGGAUAUUCAUCUGCAAUAGACAUGUGGUCUUUAGGAUGCAUUGCAGUAGAACUAUUUCUCGGAUUGCCUCUGUUUCCGGGGAGCUCAGAAUAUAAUCAAGUCUCCCGAAUCGUUGAAAUGUUAGGCGUUCCACCACCAUAUAUGAUCGAAGUAGGUAAAACGGCUCACGAAUAUUUCGAACGGUAUAUAAAUGAGCAUGGUCAAAAGAAAUAUCGUUUGAAAACGAUGGAGCAGUAUAUGAGGGAUAAUAAUUGUGUGGAACAACCUUCCAAGAGAUAUUUCUCAGCUACAACUUUACCUGAAAUUAUAAAGUCUUAUCCGGUGAUGAGGAAAGGUGUAACUCAGAAAGAUAUUGAUAAAGAAAUGCAAAAUCGACUAGCCUUUAUUGAUUUUGUGCAAGGAUUAUUGAAUCUCAAUCCCAUUGAACGGUGGUCACCGCAGCAAGCUAAAUUACAUCCAUUCAUAACGGGUGAGAAGUUCACCGGUAAAUUUACGCCGCCAAUGCAACUUAAAUCAUCCAAUAAAUCUAGCACUACAUCCGCACAAUCGGUUCCUUCGUCUACAAAUUCACAAUCAUUACAUUUGACACCGUUACCGUCACAUUCACAAUAUAAGACACCUAACACAUCACCAAAGAUACCACAUAAAAAUCCGGUUGUAAUUCAUGAAAUGCCAUCUGUAACAAUAACAUCUCAUGAUAGUAAUACAACUGGUCAACGACCACAAGUGCAACAAACUUCAAAUAAAAUGGCGACUUUGGCACCAAAACCGAGUUUAGGGACUACUUUAAGACCUCGUGCUAGUACAAUUGGAAAUAUUCAAGUUCCACCUCAGAUUCAGAUAGCUGCAGCCCUGGUAUCUCCAGGAAAUGUAGGCGCGUCUCCAGGUGAACAUGCGAGGCUUCCAAAAGAAAAAGAUCAAAGACGACUACCUCAACCAUAUCCACAUCUACAAUUAUUGCCAGAACAAGAUAAUGAACAUGAACAUGAGAUCCCACAAUUUUCUGUUGUGGUUGAUGGUGAAGACAGACGUGCAUCAAGACCAUCAUCAUCCAAUAUUGGA